UCUUUGCAGUUAUUUUUUUAAUCUCCCCUCCUGUGCAACACGUCUCUGGCCACCCUCUGCCCUGGGGGGUUCUGCCUCUGGUGGCAGUAGCUAGCAGCAUGGUAGAGAAGCGGUGUCCACGACUGCAGAGAGAGAGUGUGUACCGCUGGUUUUCUGAGCUGCCUUCUCCUCAACGGGUGGAGUUCCUUUGUGGCCUGCUGGACUUGUGCAUCCCACUUGAGUUACGUUUCCUGGGAGCCUGCCUAGAGGACCUGGCCCGCAAAGACUAUCACUCGCUGCGGGAUUCCGAAAUCAAGGCCAAUAACCCGGCUGAUCUGGGCAGCCUCACUAACCUGACGGAUGAGGUAGUGCGCAGCAAGCUCUUGGUCUCACUUGCACUCCUGGGCUCAUCCCACCGGGAAGCAGCUGGUGUCCUCUUCCGCACCCUCACCCAUAUUGACUCUGUCAUCAACAACUACGGACUGCAGCUCAAUGAGGGUCGGACUGGGGAUGAGUUUUUGCUGCUCUUCACCAUGGCCUCCAACCAUCCUGCCUUCAGUUUCCACCAAAAGCAGGUGCUGAGGCAAGAGCUCACCAAGAUCCAAAACAUCAUUGCCAGUACUAGCAAGAGUCCCAGUACUCCCACAGCUAGCAACAUGGGAACUUGCCCUGGUUGCCACAAGGUCACUCCAAGAUCUGAGACCCCCAUAAACAACAUCGGUAACAGUUUAGAAAAUGCACUACAUACAUCAGCACAUUCCAUUGAGGAGUCAUUACCCAAGAGGCCUUCAGGGAAACACUCCAAAGUGAGUGUUGAAAAAGUGGAACUAAAGGGAUUAUCGCACAGGAAGAAUGAUAGGAACUUUGAAUAUUCCUUUGAGGUCUUAUGGUCUGAUUCUUCAGUGACAUUAGUAACAAAGUCUUCUGCUGAAGUGACUGAAUUCAUUUCAAAGUUAGGUCAAAUGUACCCAGAAGAAAAAUUGGAGAAAUUCAUUCCAUGCCUAGCUGGUCCAGAUUCAUUUUACUUAGAAAGAAACCACAUGGACCUGGAAUCGGACCUUAGGUAUUUGGCAUCAUUACCUUCCCACAUCUGGAAAAAUGACCACGUCAAGAAAUUUUUCAGCACUUCAUCUCACUCCCAGCAAUUUCAAAGUUCAAGUCCAGGCAACACUUCCCUUUAUAAAGUAGGUACGACGCUGGGUGCUUCCGGAAGGCCUAUCUGUGGUGUAGCUGGUAUCCAGUCUUCACAGAACAGUCUCCAGCAUCAUGUGCAGCAUCCGGCCACUACACCUGUUGCACUCCCCCACUGCACUCAUACAGGUGGGGCUGCAUCCUCACUCACUUGCCGCUCCCAGUUGGAGAACUCUUCAUCGGUAUUGACUCCCAGUCCUCAAACCCCCCAGGAACAAAAUGGGAUUUUAGACUGGCUGCGGAAACUACGCUUGCACAAGUACUAUCCUGUUUUCAAACAGCUCUCAAUGGAGAAGUUCCUGAGCCUUACUGAAGAAGAUCUGAAUAAAUUUGAAUCCCUUACAAUGGGUGCAAAGAAGAAGCUCAAGACCCAACUGGAGUUGGAAAAGGAAAAGUCUGAGAAACGGACCCUCAAUCCAGCUACAUCCCCUUCCUUGAGCACUGGGGUGGCCAGAGUUCCUCCUACCACUCAUAUUGGUCCUAUCCAAAGCAUUCGUGGUAACCAUACAGCAGAGUUACGUGUCGAUGUUGAUCAGCCAACCCUCUCCACCCCCCGUGAAGGAAGCUCUUCAGAAUACUCCAGCUCCUCUUCUAGCCCCAUGGGAAUCCAUACCCGGGAGGAGAGCUCAGACAGUGCUGAGGAGAAUGAGAGACGUUUAGAGGUCCACUUGGAAGCCUCAGAAAAGGAGAAGCCAGUAAUGUUAAUGAAUCACUUCAACUCCAGCUCAGCCAGGCCCACUGCUCAGGUUUUACCAGUGCAGAAUGAUGCCGGGUCCAGUCCAUCCAGUCACCACACCUUGCCAGUACAGAUGAUGGCUGCGGGCUCCCCUCACAUCACUCCAAUUAGAAUACUGAACUCUAUGCACAAAUCAGAGCGAGGGAAUACAGACAUGAAGCUCCUUUCGUCAUCUAUGCACUCGCUUUUGUCUUUAGAAGACAGGACAAAAUUCUCACCUGGCACACCUCGAAGUGGCAUCAAGAUGGAGAAGAGCUUUGGAAGUACUGUUGUAGAUGGGAUGCCAGCCUCUCCCCAUCAGCCCAUGCAAGUGCUCUCUGGAGUUUCUGAAAAUGGCUCCUCUACACCUUCAAUUAACUUUGGUCCAAGGACCAAAAUGGUACAUGCUUCCGCCCUAGACAGAGUGGUGAAAACAACCCAGCAGCCGGGAAUAAUAGUGGAAACAAGUACCACAGCCACUGUAACUUCCAGCACCGUCUUCCAUGUGGCACGACCCCCCAUAAAACUCCUGGUAUCCUCUUCGGUUCCUACUGAUUCAACCAUUGUGGGGCAGUCUUCCUGCUCCAGUAAUAUGCAAUUCAGUGUGUCCCCAGCAAUAAUAAACCCCCGGACUGCUCUCUAUACAGCCAAUACCAAAGUGGCCUUUUCUGCCCUGAGCAGUAUGCCAGUAGCCCCAAUGCCCAGCAGCAGCUUCUGUGCAAAUAGCAACACUGCCUCUUCUAGCAGUCACCCCUCCACAUCCUUUGCAAAUAUGGCAAACCUACCCAGUUGUCCUGCUCCCAGCUCCAGCCCUACGCUUUCAUCAGCUGCCGAGAACAAUUUCUACAACAGCAGUAGUAGUGGCUCAGGAGGAAGUAUCCCAGUACCAAAUCAGAAUCACCACCACCACCACCACCAUCAGCAGCAACCUCCUGGAUGCAUGGUGUGCAGUUCCUGUGGCUGUAGUGGGAACUGUGGUUCAAGUGGCAUGACUGUCAGUUAUGCUAAUUACUUCCAGCACCCCUUUUCCGGACCGUCAGUGUUUACUUUCCCAUUUCUGCCCUUCAAUCCACUGUGCAGCAGUGGCUACAUCAACACACAGCAGUACAACAGCAGCUCAGCCUUCCCUAUGGUUCACUCUCCUUACAACAGUGGCAUAACACCAGACUCUGUCAUGAGUGGGCAGUCUACAUUUGCAGUGCCACCAAUGCAAAGCUUUAUGGCAAGUACAGCAGGGGUAUAUCAAGCACAGGGGAUGAUGAGCAACAACAGUGGUACAGGCCAUAAAAAGAAUGGGAAUCUGUCCUGUUACAAUUGUGGAGCCAGUGGUCACCGAGCUCAAGACUGCAAGCAGCCACCAAUGGAUUUCAAUCGACAAGGUACAUUUCGGUUAAAAUAUGCUCCACCAGCUGAAAGUUUAGAUUCCACAGAUUGACAGUAACUCCAUGGACUUCAUUUUUUGUGAUGGCAAAAGCCCAUGGAGUAAUUAUGGAAUUUCAAAUUGGAAUCUGAGAAGUCCACUUGUUGAGCUUAUUAACAUUAUUUUUUUAAUCCAAAGGUGCUCUACUUCACUACACUAGGAAGAAACUGAAGCUUAGGGGUUUAUUAAACCCAUUUUUACUGAUUUGCCAAAAUUAUAACAUGGAUCUUAAAUGUUGGACCUUCCAGAUGGGAGGUGAAACUGGCCAACUACCCUUUUUGUUGUAAACAAACUCCUGCACUUUUGCUGAAGAAUGUUGCCAUACUUCGAUCUUCUGUGCUGGAAACUCGAACUCCCGGGCAGCUAUGUUGUAAUCUGGAGUGAGAGCUAGAGGUUGACGGUACAGUAGCCAUUUGCCUGCUGGACUCUGACAUUUGAGGCUAGGUAAACAUGUCUACUUUUUCUCAAAAACAAAUCAGGCACUACACUCUGGGAUUUUAAAGGAUUGCACUACAGAAGAAUGUAUAAUUCUAUCUGCACUUUUAGCAGACUGAGAUCAGUGCGAGAGACGUUCCAAUGGUUGGAAAUAGGCACCAGCAGGCUAUGUGAACUUCUAAUAAAGAAAUCUUAACCCUCCCUCUCUUCCAAAAGAACAAAGGUAGAAGUUUCAGUUCAUUCUAGAAAUGGUUAUGCUAUGCUUGUUGGCAUUUAUUUGUCAGUCAUGGAUUAAACUUAUAUUUCCAAGGGUCUAGUGCCAGAGACUGAGCUCAAACAGGUCUUUAAAAAAAUACUUUCCCUCUACAACUUUCAAAUCUUAUCAUAUAUUAGUUUCUGCCACAGGAAACAGUACUCUACCUUUGAAACCCAGUUUUAAAACACUAGACUCCUGCAGCAGAGUUUGCAAGUUGUUGCUUUACUUUGCAUAGCAAAAGUCUUUCUACAAGGGCUCUUGCUUACAGGAUAUAGAAGUCACAAAGUAAGAAACAGCUGUACAUCUUAACCACAACUCGGGUUUGUAGUCUGCCUCCUUUAUUUGAAAUACGUAGAGUAUUGGCUUUGAUGUUAACUAGUUAGAAUUCUUUCCCACUAAAGCCAGCAAAGCUCAGAACUGAAACAUUGUAGACCUACCGGGUCAAAAGGCGGCAUACCUUUUUGUAUUCAUGCUGAAUUGGUUGUAGCUAUCUUCUUUAAUUUAUAGGGCUGAAGUUUAAACUGCCUCACAUAGGACAUUUUAGUGGCUGUGCACAAUAUGUUACUAUGGAGGUGGCAAAUGAGUAUUUCUGCUUGAAGGUAUUGUAUGGUUGAAGGUGCAGGGGGGUGGGGUUGGUUGUAUCACCCCACUGUAUAUCCAUGAGGUAGUAAAACAGUGGAUAUUGUUGAAAUAAUGGUAGGAUUGGCAGAAAACCAGGUACUCUACUAUUGUUUUUAUAUCAUCAGAGAUAAGCUCUAUUAUCCUUACCUGUUGCCUUCAAAAACAAACUGGUGUAUUCUCUUGGGUGUAGGCAUUCAAUGGGUUUUGCAUAUUCAACUCUGGGAGAAGCUUAGCAUGAGCUUCCUGCCAUUUCUCAGCUUCUUAGAGACCAAGUCCAAAGUUGUAAAAACACAUGGUUUGUAGCAGCCCUACAUCCAACUUCAGUUAUUUCUAUGCAAUGAAGUGCUAGACUUUCAUACCCUCAGUUUGGCUUUACCAAAACAGUAUUACAUAUAGGGUUAGAUCCAGCCCAUAAUAUUUAAUUAUGCUUGUAAUGACUGAACUUCUGAGACGGCUAAUACAGGUGGAUACCAUUAGGAAAUUUGUAAAACUACUACAGAGGUAAUGAGAACUGACAGAGCAAUUUACUUUGCCUUAAUGACCCUGAUUGACAUCAGCAGAAACAUGCCACUCUGUACUAAAUCUGUCAGUUAUUGUUUACUCUUAAAAGUUGGGAGCCUUUCCAUUGGCCCAAAACGUGCUAAAAGCCAAAUGUACCAGUUCUUAAACAGAAAUAACCCAACACCAUACACACUUUCCAGGAUCAACAGAAAGCCUUUAUCAGGCAUUUAAAUUGGAAAGUCUCUAGAAACAUGGCCCCAUGAGCAGUACGAUGUUCAGAAAUAGUUUCCAUUCAUAUAAAAAGAAAGCUGUCUCAGCUAGCUGUUGGGCUGUCAAACAAAACUAUGUUUAACUUAACUAGUAGAUAAGUGGAAUUACCAGGGGAAAGCUUUGGAGAGCCAAUUGCCUUGUUCAUUUCUAAAGGUAAACUGAGGCAUACAAGGCAAGCCUACAUAGUGACUUAAUUUUAUUAAAACUGUUCUCUACUGUCAGUGUUUCAUACAGGCAGAGGACUUUGAAGCAAGACUCAAGUGCAAGAGGAAAUGGACACUAGCUGCAUAGAUCAUAGUUUGGCUGACAUUUACACUAGAGAAUGUAACGUGUCAUGAAGAGAGCAUAAAACAGAACCACCAAAAGCCCUUGUCUGCACAAAACAAACUAUCUAUGUACUAAAAACUGGCAUGGCAAACAGCUGGAGAAUUGUUAUUUGCAUAUAACUAAGGUUUCAACUAGGUAUGACUUAGUUAAUGGGAAAUUUCUCAAGCAGUAUGCAGGCCCGUGCCUGAACAAAGAAGGGUCUUUCUGAAUUGUCAAACCCUGUAUUUCAUGCCAGCCUAGAGUACUGAUAUAGACACCCAAAUGUAAGCCACCCCAAGUAAAAGGCAAGUUAUUCAAUGGGUACAAUACCAUUUUAUGGGGAAAGCCCUAAACUGAGGCCAACUUAAUUAUUUUAAGGUGGGAGGGAAGGGUGGGUAUUUUGUUUUGCUUCUGAAUAGACACACUUAUAAGCCUCUUAAGCUGCUUUACUUAGAUAUGGCCAAAGGCAGAAUUAAAUGAGUAGUAAUUCAGAAAGCAACAAAUAUUCAAACAAUUUUUACUCUUCCAGCUACCUUUGGAACUAUUUCUGCGUACUAACUUCUUAUAAACAUAGGAAGAGCCUAUGUCUUGCAGCACAGGUUAACAACUUUCUUUUCAGAAAUAACUUUCCAUUAGGAAUGAAGGAAACACCUCUGCCCAUUUCGAGCCAUUUCUUUUACAUUAUAUUACAAAUGUGCAUGUAACUUUAUAUAAAUAUUAAAAGUUUUGUAAAUAUUUAAUAUCCACCUAAUUUGAUUUUGAAUUGUAAAUGUCAAGUAUUCUGGUAUUUGAAUUUUUAUGUUUUAUUAUACUUUGUUAAAGGUAAAAUUGUACAUUUUUAGAAUGUUUUUAUCUGAGUAAAUUUAAUGUACUGAACAAAAAUUAAAGACUAUAGUGUCUUUUCAGACAUCCUCACUUUUAAUAAUUUUUUCCCCCAUUUUCAGUGGGAGGCUAAAGAAAACUUACUGCAAGCGCAGCAGGUUCAACCAAAGGCUAACAUAAACAUGCAUUGUCUCAAAGGUGGUAGCUGUAGACAGGUACUGCAGAGCUAUCCAACAGCUUUAUCUGCAAGUUGUCCAUUUUAGGUAGGUGCUCUGAAGGAUACAAAAAACCCACACUGCAGCUUGGGAUAUCAGCUUCUUCUGUCAGGAGCUUUUCCAUGUUCUUAUACAGGUACUUAAUUCUCAGUCUCAUUUGGAAUCCAGUAUCUUGCCCACACUCAGAAAGCAGGCAAUGUUGUUUUUCAUAGCUCAAGCAUCUUCACAAGUGUCAUUGGUAUGGCCACAGAAUCUCCUACUUUUGUGACAAUGUUCUACUCUGCAACAGUAAAGGAAUCUGGGCCAAAGUAGGAGGCUGAAGGCUUUUGUUCAAUUCUGUCUACUGUUCUUCAUAUACAGCAUUAAGAUAGUUUUAAAAUGGACUUGUAUAUAAGCUUAACUUCUAAUCAAGUUGAGAUGGAAUCAUCCAUUUCAGCACUU